CCCGCGCGCCCCGCCCUCGGCAGGUUGAGGCCGCGCGUCGAGCCGCCGCGCGCUCAGUGUUGCGGACACUUGCAACGGCCGCUGGCUGGCAGCGCAGCAGCAGCAGCAGCAGCAGCAGCGGCAGCGGGACGCACACCGAGCCACCCAGUUCUGCGGCCGCUGCCCUUCCGGGAGACUCCGCGCACGGUCCCCGGAGCAGAUUAUGCGGUGAACCGUCGCCGCCCCUCCGCCUCUGAGCGCACCGGCGGCGGCGAGGACUGCCUGCGCCCUCGGGAGACGACCCGGGCCGACGCCCGGCCCCGGGGCAGAAGCGACAGAAGCGACGAGCCUCAGCGACUGCUUGCUGGUUUCUCCGCGCUAUAGAAGGAACUGGAUGAUGUAAUCGGCUCCCAGAAAGAUGCACAUGGUCCUACGCUGAGCAAGUUCUCUCAGACUCAGUCAUUUCAAAGCCACUUGAGAGAAAAAUAAUAAUAAUAAUAAUGUGACGGUACUUAUCAAAAAGGAUUUUUUGGGAAGUGUGGGAUACCUGUGAAGAAGGUCGCCUUUUCCCCAUCUGUGAAAUAGACAUUCUUAGAUUCCAAAAUGCCCGCCAAGACCCCAAUCUACCUGAAAGCGGCCAAUAACAAGAAGGGAAAGAAAUUUAAGCUGAGGGACAUUCUGUCCCCUGAUAUGAUCAGUCCUCCCCUGGGGGACUUUCGUCACACCAUUCACAUCGGCAAAGAGGGCCAGCAUGAUGUCUUUGGAGAUAUUUCCUUCCUUCAAGGAAACUAUGAGCUCUUGCCUGGAAGCCAAGAGAAAGCCCACUCUGGCCAGUUCCCUGGGCACAAUGACUUCUUCCGGGCCAACAGCACCUCGGACUCGAUGUUCACAGAAACGCCCUCCCCAGUGCUCAAAAAUGCCAUCUCCCUCCCGACCAUCGGAGGAUCCCAGGCUCUCAUGCUGCCCUUAUUGUCACCAGUGACCUUUAAUUCCAAGCAGGAGUCCUUUGGGCGUCCGAAGUUGCCAAGGCUCAGCUGUGAGCCUGUCAUGGAAGAGAAAGCCCAGGAGAAAAGCAGUCUGUUGGAGGAUGGGACAGUCCGUCAGGGGGACACCUCGUGGGGCUCCAGUGGUUCUGCGUCUCAGUCCAGCCAGGGCAGGGACAGUCACUCCUCCAGCCUGUCUGAACAGUACUCGGACUGGCCCGCGGAGGACAUGUUUGAGCACCCUGCCUCCUGCGAGCUCAUGAAGUCAAAGACUAAAUCAGAGGACUCCCUCUCCGACCUGACAGGCUCCCUGCUCUCCCUGCAGCUGGAUCUUGGGCCCUCGCUUUUGGAUGAGGUCCUGAAUGUCAUGGAUAAAAAUAAGUAACCAGGAGUCAGCUCUUUUCCCUUGGAGUAAGAGGUACCAAAAUAAGCAGAAAACAAAAAAACUCCACUAACCACAAUUGAUGGAAAGAGCUGCCCUGCCUGGUUUGUUUUGUUGUUUUUUUUUUU